CAAAACAAAGAUGGCGGACACCGGCUAACACGAGAGGGCCGCAACUUGGAAUUUUUAAAAAAUCUUUUUAAGUGUUUAGUGGACAAACAUUUUAUUUUAAUGACUACAACUAACACGUCCGCCCGCGGAGCUGAGCCAUGGACGGAGGGGAGCUGCGGGCUGGACGCAUGCAGAGCUUCUCUAAGCUGCCUGUGUGGAUCAUAGAGCAUGUCUGGACUCACAAGAUGAUGGAUAUACAACAAGUUUUGGACCUGUCCAGCUGGCCAGAUGUGGACUCCCAACCUCUGAGUCUGGACGACUCGUGGAGGCUGCGCGUCGUCUCUGCUCAGGUCUAUUCCAUCAUAAAGAGCAGGGACCUGGAGCACUUUGAGAGGGCGAUAGGGUUUCUGGAAACCACGUACCGACUUCUACCCAGACUGGUUCCUGCCAUCAAACACAUGAAGAUCAUGUUUGGCCUCAAGACCAUGGUCAUGAUGUGGAUGCUCAAAGAGGGCCGGGGAAUGGUUGACACCGUGUCAAAAAUCGGCCAGUUCUUCCCGAGCAAACUCCCCGAGUACCAAGACCAGUGUAGCCAACGUGAAAUGUUCCUCAUGAGGAAGAACCACCUGGACUUUAGGACUCUGGCACAAACACUUGCUAUGGACAAAGACAAACUUGAACAUUACAUUAAGAAUGACAUGGACGAGCAGUAUGGGGAACGGUAUGGCCAGAAAGUCGAGGACAGGCUGCUGCAUUAUCUCCAUGAGCUGGAUGCUGUGUUACAAGGAGAUACCUACAUUGAUAAGAUCCUGAAGAAACAGAGCCCUGUGACUGAAGAGGAGAAGCUCCUUUUAGAGGUGAUAAGCUCUGACUCCACCACCAUAGCUGCGACCCUGAAGAAGCUGCUGCACUGCGAUGCUGCUUCCUGUCGUCAGUCGUCGAUAUCUCGGUCGCCUCAACUCUUUAAGUCGGCUUUAAGCCAAACAAAUCCAGAUGUUCAUCCAGAGGAGGCUCCUCGCGACGUGUCCGAAGACGGCUUCAGUUUUUCGGACAGGAGCUCAGACGUUAGAGGACAUCAGCAACCAGAGGAGGAAGAUGAGGUAAACAAGAGAGCGGAGGAAGAGGGCAGCACAAGUGUUCAGGAGGCGGCCCCCACCCCUCAGUUCUGCUCCAAACACCAGCGAUGGGUGAAGAGCAUCCUGCGGGGCUGCUCGGAGGAGCUUCUCCUUCAGCCCAACGUUUCCUCAUCUCCUCUGCUCUUCCCGUCGUCGUCUUCUACUUCUUCAUCGCAGGACCUCACACCAUCUGACCUCCUCCCCUGUCCGUCCGAUCAGCCACCUUCGCAGACCCGCAGCCCUCCUCGGGCAGCAGUCCGAGCAUCCAGAACAGCAAAACCCAAAUACAGGCGCAGCUCCGGGUCACUCGGAUCCUCAGGCGACGCCUCACAAGCACAAAUCCUGCCUCAGGCCUCGUCUGCUCGGAGCUCUCCGCUGCCUGCUCUGCUGUCACCGGUGGUCCGACUGGUGAACAUCGGCUCCUUCGAGACGAGCUGUAAACACCAGCACGCAUCACCAAAGCAGCUUCUCCUGGCAGCUUCUUCCAGUUCGGAGAUGCUAAGUUCUCCACAUCACACCUCAGGAAACGUAAAAGACAACAACAGUUCACCUCCCUCUGCCUGGUGUCGCUCUCUUCGCCAUCGACAAAAGAACAGCAGACCUCGAUCAGGAGCCGCCCGACGCUCCUCCUCUGCCGCAGGCAGGGACAAAACCAGCCGAGGCCUCAGAGCUCAGCUGAGGCUAUCGCUGCCCAGUCAGGGUGUGCUGCUGCACUCCAAGCUGCUACAACCCUACGUGAGUCUUACCAGGCUGAGCUCUGAGCAGUGUCACCUAUCGACCCAAAGGAAAGCCUCAGCCGGGCAGGAAGAGCGCGUGGAGCAAGGCAGCGACAGCGAGGAAAGGAGGAAGCAAGAGGAGGAAGACUCUUCCUUCGAUGUGAACGCUCUUUACUCCACUGAUUCCUCAAGCAGCAGGGACAAAACCAGCCGAGGCCUCAGAGCUCAGCUGAGGCUAUCGCUGCCCAGUCAGGGUGUGCUGCUGCACUCCAAGCUGCUACAACCCUACGUGAGUCUUACCAGGCUGAGCUCUGAGCAGUGUCACCUAUCGACCCAAAGGAAAGCCUCAGCCGGGCAGGAAGAGCGCGUGGAGCAAGGCAGCGACAGCGAGGAAAGGAGGAAGCAAGAGGAGGAAGACUCUUCCUUCGAUGUGAACGCUCUUUACUCCACUGAUUCCUCAAGCAGUGACGGAGAGGAGUCACCUGACCGUGACCCUGAUUAUAGACCUCACAUCAAAAAGAAAAGACUUCUGUUAGAGUAUGAAAAUGCGAGAGUGUCACGGUGA